AUGAACUAUACCUAUUCCCAGAGACCUUCCUCGUAUUACAAAAUCAUCACAAACACUGUGGCUAUUGCCUAUUUUGGAUAUUUUUAUGGGAUGGCCGAGGCCAUAUAUAAAAAUAAAUCGAAAUUCAUCUAAUCAAACAAGUAUUGCUUUUAUGGAUUAUUGGCUGGAUACACUCAUUAGCAAUUGAAUGAAAUAGGCACUGGCAUAUUAAUAAGAAACUAUGGAUUUGAUUAGUAUUGGCUAUCUAAUACAGCAGCAGGACUGAUUAACUGUGGAAUCAUUUACAGUGCAAUGCAAUUGAGAAACAGUGAGAAUGGACAAUUCAUUAAAGCCCAAAAGUACGCAGGAACAAUUUGUUUGAUAUCUAUGUUCUUGGAUCUGUUCAGUCAAAUGCAGAGGGAUCUGUAUUUAGAAUAUCCGCAACAAGGGAAGGAGAGGAAGAAAUACUGA